AUGAAUGCUCCUGAGUCAUUUGAGCCUUUCCUUUUGUAUGACGGGGAAAAAAAGUAAGUGAAACAACCUGGGAUAGUCGAACAUGUGGCCUUUGUAAAUGAAAUUUUGUUACGACAUACUUCUAUAUAAGAACUUAAGUCGGGGAAGCUGGAAAUCUUCCAUGCUCACCAUGAAUGAUAUUCAAAUUCACUUGUUUUUGUUCAAUAAGCUUAAGCUUAUAUAAAACUUAUGUUAAUAAUGAGAAAUAAAACGUGAGGAUUAACGAGCAUGUAAUGGUAUCAAUGAAGUUAGUAAUGAUGAAAUUUAUCCUCAGAAUCACUAUAUCCAAGGACACCAAAGUUCCAAAUGCAGCACACUUUGUAGUGAACAAGGAAGAUCACACAUUAGGAAAUCUACUCAGGGCGUAAGUUAUUAAAAGUUUGUUAUUUCACAGAUGGCAUCAUAUUGUAAUAUCCCUUUAAAACUUCAAAGGAAGUUAUAGUCGAACCUCCCACAACCAACCAUCCAAAAGGUAAGAGGCUGUUUUGCCGAAAAGUCAAUUCUCCUGAAGUUACUUUACCCGAAUGUAAGUCGAUUCGCCCGAUGUUUAUUUGUUGUUCUUUAAGCCUGAAAAGUAAAAAAAACAUGAAAAGAGAGUGCAGGGCUUUAAAUGACAGCUGGUCAAUGGACAAUGGCCGGUCAGAAUUGGGUAUUGACCAUACAAAUCCUUGGAUUACUGGAUAUGUUUGUGGUCAUAUUUUACUCAUUCAAAGAAAUUUUCAUUUUUAACUAUUUGAUAAUCAUGAGGGACAACAUUCAUGUUUCUGAAAGAAAAAGAAAAUGAAUAUAAAAUUAGACAAAUUAGUGGUUGAGAAAUUCCUGGUAGUCGCAAAUUUCCACGAUAUCAUCUAGUCCUGUCAUCUAGUCCUGUCCUAACCGCAAAUCAUCGUGUCUUCCACUAUUUUGUUUACUCUAAGUGUUCCCAAUAAGGACAGGGUUUUACCUUCCACUACAUACCAUUGACUCUUAAAUUAAGGGAUUGAUUGUUUGACUGAUUGAUUGGAAAGCACCCUUACGAAGAAUAAUCUUGGCUGCACCGAGAAUACCCCGGGUAUCAAUUGUUGCAAAGUGCAAAAAGCAAGAAAAAGCCGCAAAACCAGGAAAAUCCGACCACCCGUUUACUCUAAAAUGUAAUAUUCUAAUUAUUAUAAGUGAUUUCGCAAGAUGUAAACGAAAGGUUGCGGUUGUAUCUUGCAUAACCAGUCCACGUAUGUGAGGCUGCUUCUGCAAUAACAAGCAAUAAAACUGUUAACUUGUACUUUUUAUUGCCAAAUUAACUUGGAUUCAGUUGGUUUUUAGUUAAAAAAGGUUUACUAUUGCAAGAGUUACGACUGUUGCAAUUGACCGGCCAAAAACAGGUCAUGUCCGAGCAAGAACAUGUUUGACUGUUUGACUAUUGCGGUUACUGAGUAACAUGUAGACUUCAGUUUUUAUGUACAGUCUUUCAUUGUCUCGAAUAAUAUUAUGAUUAUCGAGAUCGCUAAGAUUGUUCAGAUCACUUGACCAUUUUUAUCAGUCAUAGCAAUAGAGAUCAAUAGAAUCCAAGCUUAACUAAAAACAGCUCUGAUAUUAAAGCUGUGUUGUAGAGUGUAGUUGUCUUUGGGUGAAUCGACUUGCGUCCGGGUGAAACACCUUCAGGCGAAUCAACUUUCAGGUGACACAACCAUAAUGCACUCAAAAUGUGAAGACUUCGUGGUUUCUUACAGGAGGUGGUCGUUUACAAGAAUCAAACAACAGGGGGCCUCUUCUGAGAAGAAGUCCUCUUACACAUUCACUAGGAUGACAGAUGAUUUAUUGCACGCAAUUUCCAAGCUACAAUAUGUGUAGUUCUAUGUUUUUGUUAAAAGUUCUUGGCAUACUUUAAGUAACUUAGUACAUAGAGCAAACAUAGAGAUCAGAACGUGUAUGAAAUGGGGGCUUACAAGAUGUUAAAAACAAUAGAAAAUUAUUUCAGCCCUGAAAAGUGGUCAUGAUCACUUAAAGGAGGUAGUCGUCUACGAGAGGUCCCAAUUGUAAUGCUAUGACUGGGAAAAUUUUGGUGUUGCUUAUGAGAUGUGAUCACACAUGGAGGUUCAACUAGUUAAAAAUGUCACUCAUUUUUCCUGUCCAUUGUAUUAGCCAUUGUAAGGUUUCUUGUGAAACUGGGCCAGUGUUAGUUGAAUUGCACUGUGGGACUAUUCCAAUAAAAGAGGCAAUGGCGCCCUGAAACAUUCCCAUACAGCAUUCCAAGCUGUGACCAUUUUGGCAACCAUGGUAAGUAUGGGCCGUCCAACCAUCCCAAUCUCAUCAGGUCUCUCCCGAUUUUGUUUGAGAAUCCCAACCAAUAAGCGAUCAGGAUAGGAAAAAUCCAGAUUUGACAUCUCUUCUGGUUUUUUCAAAUGAAUUUUUAUGAUGCUUACAAAUGUAUACAAGAACACCUAAGAGAGAAUAGUUAACUGAAACUGAUACCCAGAAAACUUUAAAUUAAAAAGUUUAGUACUUGUACAUGAAGCCAUGCGAAUAGCCUGAGAAAACAGCCAACAUUUGGUGAAGCCAGUUCAGGUUUCCUGCAAAAAGACAUCUGAGAAACGAGUGCAGAAAUUCCAUACUUAUGACGCAUCACUGCCCAGAUCUAGGUAGUGCUUCUGAUUAGUUGAAGCAAAUUUUCAGCCAAUUAGAUGCACUAACCCAGAUCUGGGUAGUGUUGCGUCGUCAGUAUGGAAUUUCUGCACUCCUUUCUCAGGCGUCAUUUCUCAGGAAACCAGUGGUGGCAUUGCAAAAUGCCAGUUAUGAUGAUUGAUUAUUCAGUUGCAGUAAUUGUUUUCUGUCAACAUGUGUGUUUUGUCAUGUUAGUUUGUGUCUAAACAAUAUUUCUGUUUAUGAUUUUCCACAGGCAGUUGUUACGAGAUCCACAAGUUUUAUUUGCUGGUUAUAAAGUUCCCCAUCCUCUGGAGCACAAAUUUGUUCUGCGUGUUCAGACUACUCCAGACUACAGCCCUCAAGAAGCAUUUACUAAUGCUAUUACAGAUCUGAUUAGUGAGGUCUCCCUCUUAGAGGAAAGAUUUAAGGUUUGAUAAGUUUACUUCUAUCACAUGUAUGUGUGUUAUAACCCCUUGAACAGGGUCAAACAAAGAAUUUGUUUUGUCUUUUAAUUUGCAAAAAACAGCAAUCGCCACUGCUUGGUAGAUUAAUUUUGAUCAGCUAAUGAAACAUACAUAUUAACAUAAAUUAUAUAUACUUGCCAGCUUUUCAAAAAACAAAAUAUGCAUGGGAUUCUUGUCCCCAUGAGGGUCUCCCAUAGGGUUUUUCAAUCCUGUAAUCGCAACAAGCUUUUUUUCUCUUAUUCCCACAAUCCAACACUUUUUUUGCCUUAUCCUGUUCCCAAACAUACAUGAUGUUGAUUCUUCAAAAAAAGCAUUAUAAACUGUAUUUGACAAAAUCAGCAUAAUUUUGAAAUAGGAAGUUUUGACAAUUAAUGUUGCAGAGGUAACCUUUCUUAACUCCCUCAUUUUGUCAGAUUAACCAACCAAGUGAAAAAUCCAUUGAUACCAGAUUGUUAGAACUUUUGGUCCAAAACUGAAUGAAUCGGUUCUGUCCAACUGGAAGAGUUUUGAAAAGAAGCCUCAUUGAUAAAGGUGGACCAUGUUUUCCUCAACAGGACUAUCCUCAUCAGGACACAUCGGCUCCUGUCAGAAAUUCGCCUUGAUUCUGUUAUUUUUUAUUUUUGUCUCCAUGUGCCAAGGUUUCCAGAAGUUAAAACUGAAUGGAUUGAAGCAGUCUGACCCAACAUUUGCCAUGUCUAUUUUAAUUUCCUUAGAGGAGAAUUCAUGGAGGUAGUCAAAAGUUGACUUCAACUCACCUCCUUGAAAUUCUCUCCAGAAACUUUUGUUGAAUGGAUACCAUAACAAGUUGGGGGUUUGGUACCCAGCAAAAAAACCCUGCCCCAUAAAACAAUCUUACUAUAGUCAAGAGGGUUUACUUUGUCAUAAAAGAGUAAUAAUUUCAAAUCAGUUGUACAUAUUGAGUCUUUUGUUGUUGUUUGCAGGCUGCAGUCAGAGACAAGCAAGAGGGUAUAGAGUAA